GGUGAGGGGAAAAUAGUGAGAAGAAUAACAACUCAAAUACAAACAUAUAGAAAUUAGACUUGACAAGAAAAUCUCUGAGUAUGUGUGAGGUAUUUCACAAGUUCAUCAUGGGAUUACGAGACUUUCUAAAGGAGUAUUUUCUUGGUUUCUGGGACUAUGAGACACCCAAGGUAAUGGUGGUUAAAAACAGAACUCUUGGAGUCAUUUACAGAAGCGUUCAGUUUCUUGUGAUCACCUACUUCAUCUGGUACGUCUUCAUGAGUCAGAAAGCAUAUCAGGAGAGUGAAACCCGUCCCGAGAGCUCUGUGUACACUCGCAUGACAGGCAUAGCAGUUCAUGGUGAGGAUAUUCUGGACACUGUGGAGUACGCUCGACCCCCAGAGGGUGGUGAUGUAAUUAGUGCAAUAUUGAGACGAGAAGUCACAUAUGAUCAGAGGCAAGGGACAUGCGCAGAGUAUUUCAAGGUUCCCCGAGCCAACUGUACAAAAGAUUCUGACUGUGUCCGGGGUGAAGUUGACUUUGAUGGUCAUGGCAGAAGAACCGGCAGAUGUGUUAAGUACUACAACCACACUUUCAAAACAUGCGAGAUCCAAACCUGGUGUCCAGUCGAGGAGUAUGCUGUAGUACGUGAACCAGCUUUAGUGGAGGCCAUCAACUUUACAGUGUUCAUCAGGAACUCUAUUCACUUCCCCAGAUUCAAAGUACUCAGGGGAAAUAUCAAAGAUGCCUCAAAUAAACGCAACAUGCACAAAUACCUCAGUCGGUGUCACUAUGAUGAGGAGAAAGAGCCGUACUGUCCAAACUUUCGCCUGGGCUACAUCGCAGAAAAGGCAAGAGAAAACUUCAGUGAGCUCUGCAGAACUGGAGGUGUGAUAGGGGUUUUUAUUAACUGGAGGUGUAACCUGGACCUGGAUCCUUCACACUGUAAACCUACAUAUUCGUUCCGUCGUCUUGACGUCAGAAAGGAUCUGGACAACUCUGGAUACUAUUACAGAUUUGCCAAAUACUACAGUAAGGAGGGAGUAGAGUCUCGGACAUUAAUAAAAGCCUACGGCAUCAGACUGGAUGUGAUAGUUCACGGACAUGCUGGUAAAUUCAGUCCCAUCCCGACCAUCAUCAGCACAGUGACUGCUAUGACUUCAGUCGGGAUCUGCACCGUCAUCUGUGACUGGAUUAUGCUGACGUUUAUCGACAAGAACGAGGUCUACAGUGACAGAAAGUUUGACGAAGUUAACAAGAAGCCCAGAGUGCCCAUUCCCACAGAACUCAGCUUCAUUACCACUUUCGGCUCAAACCAUUCAGACCUGUCAGAGGGUGUACCGCUGUGAUGUCAUCACCGUUGCCUCCAUCCACAUCAGCCAUGUGUGUGUGCGUGUGUGUGGACUCGCCCCAAAAACCAGCUGACCGUGGCCUUGACAGCAAAUCUAAGCGGUUUCUCCGGUGUCUGUGCUGCUGUUGGCCGCCAUGCUCUUGACAAUGGGAAUACACCGAUAUACUGUAUAUACUUUACUGGGAAACACAGUGGCAAAAAACACUCAAUAUCUCAUGGAUGCCUUUUAUCAUCAACUCAAACCUUGGCGGACUGUUGGACAGUGUCUUUAUAAAAAGACGUGCCACCUGGACGACUGCGACAUCACUUACAGGAUGUGUUUAUUUACUGGAAUUUAAGCCAGACAUUUCUUAUGUCCAUGCACCGCGAAACAUUCAAGCCAUUAGCGACAUUAGUGUUAUAAUGUCAUCGUCUCACAUAUGAAUGCAAUAUAUGGUGAAAACACUCACUGAUUCAUGUCCUUCGUUAUUCAACCCGGCGUAUUUGGCAUAAUGAGGAGAUACUUGAGGAGGAAAUGGCCGGGAGAAGCAGAGAAGGAGAUGUGAUGAGUGGUAAUCGAAUAACAUCGACAUUUCCCUUAAAAUGGUUACUUUAAUAAGAUUGUAGGGAAGUGUGAAACCAUCUGAACCCCUGAGAGAAAUACAAGGUCAGUGGUAAGAAAGAAAUUCAUAACUCAAGUGUAGUGGGUUGAUAUUUGCCACGAUGAAUGAGGACAGUGACAUGUCCGUUUGGAAAUUGUGCUAAGGACAAUGUAAAAUGCUGAAAUGCUAUACUGUAGGGUUAAAACUGUUGUUUUAUCCCACUUUUUUUUCUUUAAAAUGUACUGAAUGCACCGAAAUGUACAAAAUGUAGUCGCAGUCCCUUCAACGCCGCCCUUAUUUGCACUUACUCUAACCGACACAUGCAACAUAAGUCAGUGAGAAGCUCCAAAGGGCUUAAUCCAAUUGUGCCUCAGCUCAAGAGUCUGAAAUGUAAUUACCCAUCUGGGGAAAUGUCCAUCUACAGGCAAGUGAGUCAGCUGUGGGGCAAUGAGGUUAAAUAGAUGGAGGUGCUUGAGUUAGGACCAUUUUUGAUUUAGACUCGCUUGCACCGAGACAAAUGUGCCCUUUCCCUGCUUUUAGAAAGGAAAAAGAAAGCGAGAAUGCCAAUGUGUGGAAAAAAAAAAAGGACCGUUAUUUGUCAACUUGAUAACAUGAUUUGAUCGUAUAGUUAAAGGUACUUUUAGCCAUUUUAUUGGUGAAGUUUCAUAUUACAGCUGAAUCUCCUCACCUCAACCGUCCCUUUUGUUUGUGUUUGAGCACCGUCAGUCUGCAUCAACCAAAAAACUGUGGGCUUUCUUUAAAAAAAAAAAAAAAAAAAAGAUGGUCUAAAAUGUACAAAUAUUAAAGCACAUUCUGGAAUUUAGACACAGAACCAGAACUUGAAAACACCCUUCAGGUAGAACAAUAAUUCCUCAAAGGAAAAUCAAAAAUAGAGGAGGAACAUUUUCUUCUCAAGUGCUACUCCACAGGAAAAAAAAAGAAAUAUAAUCUUGUGUUUUUCACUGCAAAGUAAUGGACAAAUUAGAUGGGGUGAAGUGGAGGUUACUGACUGACACAUGAGCAGCCCCUGUGAGAAGGAAG